GCAGAUGACGCAGCUGCAGCAGCGAAGAAGAAGGCAGAGGAUGCCGAGCAGGCACGUCUGCUGGCACUUCAACAAUAGCGCCAGCAUGACGAGGCAGCAGCAAGGGCUGCCGAUGAAGAAAGGAACCAACGUCGUGAGAAGAUAUUUAGCGGAGAGCGGACCUUGCUCACAAUGGCAGCGGAAUGGCGGACCGAGGCUGAGAAUGGCAAGUUGGAGGAUUGCGAAAACAAGAUCGCUCUCCUCCUCUCGCAUCUCACAGACCUCCUGGCUACAUGCAUUACGCAGGAGGAGGAUAUCCACAACCUCGACGGCUCGCUAGAUAAACUACAAAGCCGCCUGCAGCAGCUGGAGCAGCGACCUGUCGCCGCACCCGAUGCAAGCUCUUCCACUACCUCCGAUCGCCUCGAAGCAUUGGAGAUGCACGUCGGCUCCCUCCAGGACGGCGCACAAUUACAGCAGACCGCGACGCAACAGUUGCAGCAGUGGAUCUGUACCACCGCCAAUACCUCGAGUUCGGAGCCGCGCGAGACAGCUCCAAAGUUUGACAGGCAGAAGAUCUUCUGCGACUCGAUCAAGACAGAUCCGAUUCCAUGUUUCCGCAAGUUCGAGCUCACGCUGCAGCUCCACAACGUCAAAGAACACAAGCACCACGCAUACUUGUACUUUCGCUCAGGGGGCACGUGCCAGGCUUGGUUGGACAAUCUCUUGUCCAAGUAUGGAGUGGUAGCUGCCGACAUGCACACCAAGAUCAGUUGGGAUGAUCUGAAGGCGGCGUGGCACAAGUGGUUCCAGGUUGAGCCGCCGGAGAUCAAAGCUAUGGACAAGCUCAUGGUCUUCGAACAAGGCGCGCUGCCAAGUACCGACUGGAUCCCCGAGUACCAACGCUUGACGUCAAUCCUAGACAUCCAGAUGGGCUUCAAAGCCAUCCGCCAUUACUUCAUCUCAAGGUUCUGUCCGGCAUUAAGUAAUGCCCUGACUCACGUCGAGGACACCUUGACGACGACGGCGGAACUUUUUGACAAGAUCGCGCAGAUCAUCAUUAUGAACAAGGAGGCAAAGAAUCUGUGUUCGUCUGCGGCAUGCCCGAGCAGGGACCAGCAUCGGCCUAGAGUGGCCGUGGUCGCGGCAGCAACGUCGUUUGACCAAACCAGCGAGGCUGUGUCUGCCAGUGAAGGAGAUAGACUCGCAGCCGCCCGGGAAGGUGGCCGCCCUUGUAGAGGCCGAGGACGUGGCAAGGCGAAGACAAACACCGCAUCUAGCCCCGGGCCCGACGCAACAGCUCCAGCCCCUUGGACCCAAUACGGCAUCUCCGAGCUAGCAUUCAAGGCGCACACGAGAUUCCACUAUUGCCUAUGGGAAUCGACGAGCGAGUUCAACAUAGAGGUAUUGGCCCCGCUCACGUCGGAGGACUUUGCAUGGCUUCCUCUCCCGACCACGGGCCGCUUGCCGGGACCGCAAUGUGCAGCACUGUGCGCUCAUCUCCACACUUACUUAUCCUUCUAUGCACCACCAACUUCGCCGACGGGAGACGAAGUCGCGGUGGGGGACAUCCUUGCGUAUACUACCAAGGUGGCCCGCGAGUUUCGCACGCAGCAGUACGAUGACAACAACGCACCGUUCAUGUAUGUCCACAUCCAGGUUGGGCAAGCGUCCUGCAUCGCUUUGCUGGAUAGCGGCGCGUCUCGCAAUUUCAUGAGCCAAUCCUUUAUGCAAAGGACUGGCCUUGGCGCACAAGUUCGGAGGAAGGCAAACCCGACGGCGAUCAAGUUGGCGGAUGGGAAAACGCAGCAACUUCUCGACCGUUACAUCGAGGCCGUACCGGUCUACUUCGCACCUCAUGCAUGCGAACCGGUGACAUUCGAUAUUCUCGACACGGACUUCGACAUCAUUCUGGGAAUGCCUUGGCUUGCAAGUGUGGAUCACACGGUCAACCUCCACCUGCGGACUCUUAGCGUUCGUGACGCCUUCGACGCGGAAGUGGCGUGUAGUAUUCCUCUACCGCACCCUUCGAUUCGGUGCCAAGUAGUGACGGCCAAAUCAUUCAGGGCGACUUCCGCUUACGAGCAGCCCGAUGAGAUCGGCCUAUGUUUCCUACGGACCGUCGCGGUAGCCAACGCUUCACCCACGGACUUGUCUUCGGACCCCCGGGUGGUGCGGUUGCUGGACGAGUUCGCCGACAUCUUCAAGUCACCUACCGGUGUGGUGCUCGAUCGGUCGAUCUCUCACGAGAUCAUUCUUGAGGCCGGUGCCGUGCCGCCGAAAGGUUGCAUCUAUCACAUGAGCGAGGAGGAGCUUGAGGUCCUCCGCGCACAACUCGACGAUUUGUUGGCCAACGGUUGGAUCCGCCCUAGCAGCUCCCCAUAUGGAGCACCAGUUCUCUUCGUCCGGAAGAAGAACAAGGAUCUACGAUUGUGUAUCGACUACCGCAAGCUCAACGCGCAAACCGUCAAGAAUGCGGGGCCUCUUCCUCGCAUCGACGAUCUUCUUGAGCGACUGGGCGGCGCAAACAACGCCCCGGCGACCUUUCCAGCGGCAAUGACCAAUGAGUUCCGUGCAAUGUUGGACCGGUUCGUGCUGGUCUACUUAGACGAUAUUCUCGUCUAUAGCUGGUCGUUGAAGGAUCAUCUCGGGCAUCUUCGACGAGUGUUGGAGACGCUCCACCGCGCCAAGUACAAGGCCAACCGCGACAAGUGCGAAUUUGUCCGACAAGAGCUGGAAUACUUGGGCCAUUUUGUCACACCGGAAGGCAUCAGUCCGCUAUCGGACAAGAUUCAAGCCAUCCAAGAGUGGUCGGAGCCUCGGAACGUCACGGAUAAGGAGCUCCUCGCCUUCGUCCACACGCUCAAGCGGUGGCGGCACUUCCUCCUUGGUCGAAGCCAAUUCCGAUGGGUAACGGACAACAAUCCAUUGGUCUUCUACAAGACCCAAGACACCGUCAACAGCACCAUCGCUCGAUGGAUGGCUUUCAUCGAUCAGUUCGACUUCUUCCCCGAUCACAUUCCCGGAAAGUCGAACCGUUUUGCGGAUGCUCUUUCACGGCGUCCGGAUCAUUGUACCGCGGUCUACUCAACCUUCGAGAUCGACGAUGACCUGCGCAACAGCUUCAUCCGCGACUACCAAGCCGACCCCGAGUUUCGCGACAAGUACGCGAAUUGCUCCUCUCCUAAUCCGGCGCCUUCUCACUACCGGAUCCAAGAGGGGUACUUGCUUGUCCACACGCGGGGGAAGGACCUCCUUUGCGUACCGAGUGACCCUCACUUGCGUACACGGCUUCUUGGCGAGUUCCACGAUGCUCCCGCCACCGGACACUUUGGAGUCAAUCGCACGAUUGGCCGACUUCGCCAGCGAUUUUGGUGGCCCGGCCUUCUCGGCGACGUCACGCGCUAUUGCGAGUCAUGCGAGGUUUGCCGACGCUGCAAAUCCCGCAACCAUCGUCCGUACGACGAGUUAAGACCAUUACCGGUCCCGUUGAGGCGAAGGGAAGCGAUUGCCAUGGACAUCACCGGCCCGUUCCCCAAGCACAAGACCGGAGUGGACGAGAUUCUCACGGUGGUCGACUGACUCACCAAGUUCGCCAUGUUCUUGCCUUGUCGCUAUCAUGCCAAGGCACUGGAGUUGGCCAAGGUUAGACAAGAGGGGAUCUCCAACUAAUCUGAUCGGGCCCGUUCGAUAAGUCAGUCCUCUCUUGUGAAUGCCAUUCUCUAAGUCCAAAUGAAUUGCCGCUCCGGCU